GAUCACUCCACUCAUAAAGGUCGCCUCUCGUCUUCCUCCGACGCCCUUUCGCUCUCGACAAAACCCGGAUAUCAUUCAGCAUACCAGGCCGAACAAACGCGCUGAUUAUCAUUAUAUCGGACACAUCUCCGAUGGCGGCUUUGCGACCCAACGACGCCAGACUACAAGGACCAGCCAGGGUUCACCACUUGCACCAACAUCAGCCACUCAUGAGCCAGCGCGGACAACUCUCGGUCUCCACAGGCCUCUCGCCACAGUAUAGGGCGCCGGAUACCUUCCUCGCCACCUCAGUACCGCGCGUAGACUCGUCUUCGCCGCAGACCUCGCCACACGCCGCGCAGAGUGGCCAUGGAUCACCUAGUCCAGCGCCUAGGUCGCUGCGCCCUCGCCCCCAGAUCUUCUUCUACGACAGGGACAAGCCGCACUAUGGGUUCACUAACUUCUCGCCGCAUCCGGUGAAGUACAAAGAUGCGAUCUAUCCAACGAGCGAGCAUCUCUUUCAGGCGUUCAAGUUCAUGGAACACCAACCUCAGCUCGCCGAGCAUAUUCGCAGGCAGCCGCGCCCGAGAGACGCCUUGUCCGAGGCGCGUCGCUUUGAUAAUGAGAAGCGGCGCGACUGGUUCAAGGUCAACAUCGACAAGAUGGACGAAGCGCUGCACCUCAAGUUCACCCAGCACAAGGACUUGCAGGAGGAGCUGCUAUCGACGGGGAGUGCGGAGCUGAUUGAGGACUCUCCUGUUGACGCCUUCUGGGGUAUCGGCAAGGACGGCCGCGGGAGGAAUGAGCUCGGAAAGGCUCUUGGGAGGUUGAGGAAGAAGCUGAAGAGGCGCACUACCUACAACUGAUUCGGUGCAUCCAAUGCUACCCUCAUGUACUAAUUCUGCCACUCGCUAUCCUAUUGUUUAUUGACGCCGUGCGUCGCACUUGUC